UUUUGGAAACUGAAACCAAAUUGGUCACCCUAACAAUCGAUACAUCGCGGAUCUGUGUAUUUUUAGUAAAAUAAAUAAUUUUGAUAUUUCAUUACUUUAAGAUCAUGGCUGCAGAAGUUCACUGGGGCUAUGAUUUGCUCAAGAAAAUGGCUAUUGAAGGAGUCACCAGCAAUGACUUGCAUUACCUGAAGAAAACCUUUGUCAAUGAAAUAGGAUCCCCAAGAAAAUUGGAUCGCAUAAAUACUAUAGAAGACUUAAUCGACUGCCUGGAACGGGGUGAUCGAAUUAGUGAGGAGAAUGUUGAACCACUGCGUAAUCUUGGCAUGAAUAAUAUGCAACUGCAGGUGGCGGUAGACAAUUACCAAAGAGUUGAGCGCAGAGCAGUUAUAAACUGCUAUCAGGAACAAAGAGUAGCCGAAGAGCUACAAAUGCAGUUGCACAUCAAUCCACAUCGAGUUGUACAGCCAGCAGCCGCAGCUCCACAGAAUUAUGUGACUGUGGCGCAGCUUACAGAUGAGAAGCGUGCUGCAGUUUUUAAAAAAAUUUCCGAACAACUCGGUCGUUCAUGGCGUGAUUUGGGUCGAAAGCUAAGCAUAAGCGAAGGUGCUAUGGACGAAAUUGAGAUGCGCUACCCACAGGAUCUCAAAUCGCGCAUUUUGCGACUUCUCCAGAUCUUUGAGGAGGAUGAAUGCAACGACCCAAGGCAACUGCUAUUGCAGCUGUGCCGUGGACUUUCAGAAUGCGGACGGAAGGACCUGCGACGCAGAGUGGAGCAAAUAAUGUCUCACUAGCAGUUAUAUGUAAUUCCAUUGUAUA